GGAGUUGAUUGCGUGGGAUGGGUGUCUGGGAAAGAAACGUUGAAAGUAGUCAGAUGGAUAUAAGUAGCUAGCUAAAUGAGAAGGAACCCAUUUUAAGUGCUAACGCACUCUUUCAAAAAAGCAAGUGUGAUAUUUAGCUAGCAUGGUGUUACAAAGGAAACAUUAAGAUGUUGUAGCUAGCAAGCUAACGUUAUCACGAAGUUACACAGAAGGAUACAAACUGAUCAUCCAAAGCUAGCUGAUAUACUACGAGCCAACGGUAGUGAACUACAUUAUCUUGUCAAACAACGAAGAGAACACAACCAACAUUUGGGAAAUUGUAAUAUGAAAGAAGACGUGUCGGAGAAAUUAGGAUUUGUCCCUCAAAAAGACAUCGUCUACAACAAACUUCUUCCAUACGCGGAUAUAUUAGACGAGGAAUCCAAUGACCUUUUGGGUAAAAUCAAAGGAAACUUGGGCCGGGCUGUCCAGCUUCGAGAGAUAUGGCCGGGUGUCUUGUUUUGGACAAGGAAACUUUCCACGUACAUGCGGCUGUACGGCAGGAAGUUCAGCAAGGAGGACCAUGUGCUGUUCAUCCAGCUGCUGUACAAGCUGAUCACCAUCGACAAGCUGGAGAUCAGUAUGAUGCAAGGACUAGCCCGGCUGCUCAUCAACCUCCUUAAGAAACGAGAGCUGCUGUCGCGGGAGGAUCUUGAGUUGCCUUGGAGACCCCUGUAUGAGCUGCAAGACAGGAUCCUCUACUCAAAGACUGAACACCUGGGACUAAACUGGUUCCCCAACUCGGUGGAAAACGUUUUGAAAACACUUGUGAGAAGCUGCAGACCGUACUUCCCGGAGUCGGCCACCCAGGAGAUGUUGGAGGAGUGGCGUCCACUGCUCUGUCCAUUUGAUGUGACCAUGCAGAGAGCUAUAGGAUACUUUGAGCUCUUCCUCCCCACCACCCUACCCCCAGAGCUGCACCACAAGGGCUUUAAGUUAUGGUUUGAUGAACUCAUCAGCUUGUGGGUGGCAGUACAGAACCUUCCAGGUUGGGAGGUGCAUCUUGUCAACCUGUUUGCCCGGUUGGCCAACGACAACAUUGGCUACAUUGACUGGGACCCUUAUAUACCCAAGAUCUUCACCAGAAUCCUACGUAGUCUGAACCUCCCGGUGGGGACCAGUCAGAUGCUGGUUCCCAGAUACCUGACAAACGCCUACGACGUUGGGCACGUGGUCCUCUGGGUCUCAGCUUUACUGGGAGGCCCCAGUAAGCAAGCCCAGGCACAGCUCAGUGGCCUUUUCAACAGCAUCACAUCUUUCUUCCACCCAUCCAACCAUGGACGCUGGCUGAUGAAGUUGAUGAAGCUGCUGCAGCGCCUCCCGGCCAGUGUGGUGCGGCGGCUCCACCGGGAGCGCUACCGGAAACCCACGUGGCUCACGCCGGUACCGGACAGCCACAAGAUGACAGAGGCGGACAUCACAGCGUUCGUGGAGAGUAUGAUGCAGCCGGUGCUGCUGGCCAUGUUCAGUAAGACAGGCAGUCUGGACGCUGCUCAGGCCUUGCAGAACCUGGCCCUCAUGAGGCCCGAACUUGUCAUACCACCAGUGCUGGAGAAAACCUACCCUGCUAUGGAGACACUGACAGAGCCCCACCAACUGACUGCCACCCUGAGCUGUAUGAUCGGUGUGGCUCGCAGCCUGGUGUCUGGGGGCCAGCGCUUCCCCGAGGGCCCCACACACAUGCUGCCCCUCCUCAUGCGGGCCCUUCCCGGGGUCGACCCCAACGACUUCAGCAAGUGCAUGAUAACAUUCCAAUUCAUUGCUACGUUUGCGACUCUUGUGCCUUUGGUGGACUGUUCAUCUGCUGUUCAUGAAAGGAGCGACCUGACAGAGGUGGAGAGAGAGAUGUGCUCAGCCUCUGCAGAGUUUGAGGACUUUGUUCUUCAGUUCAUGGACAGGUGUUUUGCCCUGAUAGACAGCAGUACUCUAGAGCAGACCAGAGAGGAGACAGAGACAGAGAAGAUGACCCAUCUGGAGAGCCUGGUGGAGCUGGGACUAUCUUCUACCUUCAGCACCAUCCUCACACAGUGCUCCAUAGACAUCUUCAAGGUGGCUCUGGAGAAGGUCUUCAACUUUGCCACCACCAACAUCUUUGAGACUCGUGUGGCUGGCAGGAUGGUGGCUGACAUGUGCAGAGCAGCUUCCAAGUGUCACCCGGCACAGUCUCUGAAGCUUUUUGUGCCCCACUGCUGCAAUGCCAUAAACCAGAUCGCUGUCAAUGAAGAGGUGUUGAGUGAGGAGGAACUGGAUAAGGAGUUACUAUGGAACCUUCAGCUACUGUCAGAGGUGACUCGUGUGGACGGGGACAAGAUCCUCCCCUACAGCACCCAGCUGGUUCAGAUCCUGCAGCUGACCCUCCACCUGAAGUGUAAACAGGGCUACACCCUGGCCUGUAACCUGCUGCAUCAUAUCCUGAGGUCUACAGCCCUCAUCUACCCCACAGAGUACUGCAGUGUACCUGGAGGCUUUCAGCAGCCCACACAGGACUACCUGCCCAUCAAGGAUUGGGGUCGUCCGGGGGACCUGUGGAACCUGAACAUCCAGUGGCACGUCCCCAGAGUGGAGGAGACCAGCUUUGUGUUCUACGUUCUAGACCUGAUCCUACAGCCAGAGCUGCUCCGACUACAGAGAUAUGCCCAGGGGGAACGGGACAUGACCAGGGAUGACGUCCUACAGAGUUUGUCCAUUGUACAGCACUGCCUACUGGGAGCAGGUAGCCUGUUGCCCCUGCUGCAAGGAGAGGUCAUCCCUGAACUGGUGACUAGCAUGGUGAAUCUGGGGGAGACUAACCUCUUCACAGGGAUGGCCGAUGAUGUGUCCAGAGAGAACUACAGAGAUGCUAUCUGCAGAGUGAUGAGGCAGCUGCUACAUCACAUUCUGGAGCACUCAGAGGACGACACCAAGUCUCUGUUCUCCAUCAUCAAGAUCAUCAGUGACCUGCUGCACUUCAAAGGCUCCCACAAACAAGAGUUUGACUCUCGCUGGAAGAGCUUCAACCUGGUCAAGAAGUCCAUGGAGAACAGGCUUCACGGCAGGAAGCAGCACAUCCGAGCCCUGCUAAUCGACAGAGUCAUGCUACAGCACGAGCUGCGUAAGCUAACAGUGGAGGGGUGUGAGUACAAGAGUAUCCACCAGGAACUGAUGUGGGAUCUGCUGCGGCUCUCUACCAGCACCUACAGUCAGGUGCGCAGCCGGGCUCAGAGUGUGCUGUUCACAGCUCUGGGGACCUAUAACUUCUGCUGCAGGGACCUGAUCCCCCGUGUGCUGGAGUUCCUUGAGCCAGACCGCUCCGACGUCACACAGCAGCAAUUCAAAGGUGCCUUGUACUGUCUCUUGGGGAACCACAGUGGGGUGUGCCUGGCCAACCUGCACGACUGGGACUGCAUCACCCUGACCUGGCCUGCCAUCGUCCGCUCAGGACUCAGCUCAGCUAUGUCCCUGGAGAAGCCCUCCAUCGUCCGCCUGUUCGACGACCUCGCUGACAAGGUCCACCGCCAAUACGAGACCAUUGGCAUCGACUUUGCUAUCCCGUCAGAAUGUCGUGCAGCGGCGGUGCAGCUCCAGACCUCCGGUGUUCCCCUGCCUCAGGACCCUGUCCCCUCAGACCAGGAAGAAGCAGAGGGCCUCAGGAAGCAGGAGGAGAAGAACCUCGACUCAGUUCAGAAAUAUGAGAGUCUGGUUGGUGAACUUCUGGACUGCCUCAGCGACAGAAACAUGCCCUGGAAGUUUGAGCACAAUGCCAUUGGAUUCAUGUCUCUGUUGCUGAGAGAUGACCAUCCUCUCCCCUCCCCUGCUGUCCUGUUCUUUGUGAAGAGCCUCAACCACGACUCCCUCCUGGUCCGCAAGUUGGCGAUAUCAGCAGUGGCAGGGAUCAUGAAGCAACUCAAGAGGCCGCAUAAAAAAGUACCAGUCAGCCCCAACGAGCUCUGUAAGUACCCACUCUCGAGUGGUCUAAAGGAGCCGGCUGGUAUGAUAGCAGGAGACAGGCCUGAUAACCAGUGGCUCCAGUAUAACAGUAGCAGUCUGCCUCGUACCCAGCAGGACUGGGAGGGCUGUACAUUCGUAGAGAAGACUCACUGGGGAUACUACAGCUGGCCACAGAAACUCAUGAUGUACUCUCCCUCUGAGGAGCAGCCCAAACAGGGACUGACCAGAGAGGAGAUGACAGAGCGAGAGCAGAUCAUCUACGACCACUUUUCAGACCCAGUGUUCAUCAACCAGCUGAUUGAAUUCCUCUCUCUGGAGGACCGGAAGGGCAAGGACAAGUUCAACCCCCGCAGGUUCUGCCUUUUCAAGGGUCUGUUCCGUAACUUCAACGAUGCCUUCCUGCCCGUGCUGAAACCACACAUGGAGCGUCUGGUGGCCGACACACACGAGAGCAAACAGCGCUGUGUAGCAGAGAUCACUUCUGGACUGAUCAGAGGCAGCAAGCACUGGAGCUACGGCAAGGUUGAGAGUCUGUGGGAGCUGCUGUGUCCUCUGCUCCGUACAGCACUGAACAACAUCACUGUAGAGACCUACGCUGACUGGGGCACCUGCAUCGCCACCGCCUGUGAGAGCAGAGACCCCAGGAAGCUCCACUGGCUGUUUGAGAUGCUGAUGGAAUCUCCAGUCAACGGGGAGGGGGGAUCCUUCGUAGACGCCUGUCGUCUGUAUGUGCUGCAGGGGGGCCUGGCUCAGCAGGAGUGGAGAGUCCCUGAGCUGCUCCACAGACUGCUGCAGUACCUAGAGCCCAAACUCACACAGGUCUACAAGAACGUCCGCGAGCGCAUCGGCAGUGUCCUCACCUACAUCUUCAUGAUAGAUGUCAACCUGCCAUACACUCAGCCCACAGCCUCGCCUCGCAUCAAGGAGUUCACAGAGCGGGUACUGCUGCGCCUCAAACCCCUGACGGAGGGGGACGAGGAGAUCCAGAACCACGUGGUAGAGGAGAACGAUGUGGGGGAGCAGGACGAGAGGACACAGGCCAUCAAACUACUGAAGACAGUACUCAAGUGGCUGAUGGCCAGUGCUGGACGCUCCUUCUCCACAGCUGUUCCAGAGCAGCUCCAGUUGCUGCCACUGCUGUUCAAGAUCGCUCCGGUGGAAAAUGAUGACAGUUAUGAUGAGCUGAAGCGGGACGCUAAGACCUGUCUGUCUCUGAUGUCCCAGGGACUGCUCUACACAGAGCAGAUACCACUGGUCCUACUGGCCCUGCAAGAGAUAGCGGGCAGCAGUUCGUGGCAUGCUCGCUACACGGUGCUGACGUACCUACAGAUCAUGGUCUUCUACAACCUGUUCACCUUCCUGAGCGACCAGGGAGCCGUCAACGACGUCAGAGCACUGGUCAUACGCCUGCUGGAGGACGAGCAGCUAGAGGUGAGGGAGAUGGCUGCCACCACGCUGAGCGGUUUCCUUCAGUGUAACUUCCUGUCCAUAGAGGGCCCCAUGCAGAGCCACUUCGAGGCCCUCUGUAAGACCCGCCUGCCCAAGAAGCGGAAGAGGGAGCUGGGCUCCGUGGUGGACACCAUCCCCUCUGGAGAUCUGGUGCGGCGUCAUGCUGGAGUGUUAGGUCUGAGUGCCUGUAUCCUGUCCAGCCCCUACGAUGUUCCCACCUGGAUGCCCCAACUACUGAUGGACCUCAGUGCCCACCUCAACGACACACAGCCCAUUGAGAUGACGGUGAAGAAGACCCUGUCUAACUUUAGACGGACUCAUCAUGACAACUGGCAGGAGCAUAAACAGCAGUUCACUGACGACCAGCUGCUGGUUCUGACCGACCUGCUGGUCUCUCCCUGCUAUUACGCCUAGAUACCUGGGCCCUGGUGCAACUUUCAGGAGAUUUUUAUGUUUUCUUAAUGGAGGAACGUUUUCCUCGAUGCCAUCUCUUAGCCUUUUGACAAUUCCUCACUCUGGCAUUAGACUGGGAAGGUCUCAGACUGAACAGAACAGGCCCGUAUUCAAAAAGCGGUUUAGAGUAGGAUUGCUGAUCUAGGAUCAGUUUUGCCUUUCAGAUCAUAUUGAAUACCAUUAUAUGGACAGGGCGACCUGAUUCUCGAUCAGCACCUCUACUCUGAGACACUGUGAAUACAGGCCCAGAACAGAACACACCAGCCUGCAUGAGGGUAGACCAAACCCUCACAUCCAGGACCCUGCACUCUGGCCAGACCAACGGACAACAUCUGGGUCAUAUUCAUUAGGCAUCAAACGGAAGACAAUAGAAUGAAAAACAGGGAGGAACUACCUGGGACAUGUCCAUUAAGGACCGCUUGUUUUUUGUGGGGGUGGG